UGUGCGGCGGCGAAACGGCAGGCCGGUAAACAGCGGCCCGUCGCGGUGGCGGGCUCGCCCAGGAGGCGUCAUGGCGGCGGGGGGCCUGGCGGGGCUCCUGCCCGCCCAGACCCAGCUGGAGUACGCCCUGCUCGACGCCGUUACUGCCCAGGAGAAGGAGAACUUGGUCUACCAGUACCUGAAGAAGAUGGACAGCCGGGAGCGGGACCUAACGGUGCCCGAGCUCGGCGGAGAUCUACAAUGGUUAAACACUGCAGGUCCUAUUUCUCUUCACAAAGACCUUUGUGGAAAAGUUGUGGUGUUGGAUUUCUUUACUUACUGCUGCAUCAAUUGCUUGCACCUGCUGCCUGAUCUCCACGCAUUAGAGCGCCAGUACUCUGAUAAAGACGGUCUUAUUAUUGUUGGUGUCCAUUCAGCGAAAUUCCCAAAUGAAAAAGUUCUGGAUAACAUUAAAAGUGCUGUUCUGAGGUAUAAUAUUGUGCACCCUGUAGUAAAUGAUGCAGAUGCAACACUGUGGCAUGAACUAGAAGUGUCCUGCUGGCCAACUCUGGUCCUUCUCGGGCCUCGUGGAAAUAUGCUGUUUUCGCUUGUUGGAGAGGGACACAGAGAGAAGUUGUUUUUAUUUACUUCUAUAACACUGAAAUUCUACAAGGAGAGAGGACAAAUCAAAGACAACAACAUUGGAAUAAAGCUAUACAGGGACACCCUCCCACCUUCUCCCCUGCUGUUUCCUGGCAAAGUGACUGUAGAUAAUUCAGGAGAAAGGCUGGUAAUAGCAGACACUGGACAUCAUAGGAUUUUGGUUACUCAGAAAAAUGGACAAAUUCUACACACUAUUGGAGGUCCAAGCAGUGGAAGGAGAGAUGGCAGAUUUUCAGAGGCAGCUUUCAACUCACCACAAGGGAUCGCUAUAAAAAAUAAUGUUAUUUAUGUAGCUGAUACAGAAAAUCACCUAAUUAGAAAGAUUGACCUGGAAUUAGAGAUGGUGACCACUGUAGCAGGCAUUGGGAUACAAGGUGUUGAUAAGGAAGGUGGAGCAAAAGGAGAAGAACAGCCUAUCAGCUCUCCGUGGGAUGUGGUCUUCGGAAAUUCAAUUUCAGGGACCCAGGAAGGUGAUGUUUUAUGGAUAGCAAUGGCAGGCACUCAUCAGGUGUGGGCACUGAUGUUGGAAGGUGGAAAACUACCAAAGGGAAGUGAUUUAAAGAAAGGAGUCUGCCUUCGAUUCGCUGGGAGCGGAAAUGAAGAGAACAGAAACAACGCAUACCCACAUAAGGCUGGCUUUGCACAGCCUUCAGGUAUCUCUCUGGCUUCUGAGGAACCAUGGAACUGCCUUUUUGUAGCAGAUAGCGAGAGCAGCACUGUGCGAACCAUCUCUCUGAAAGACGGAGCAGUGAAGCACCUUGUAGGAGGAGAGAGAGAUCCAUUGAAUUUGUUUGCCUUUGGUGAUGUGGAUGGAGCGGGCAUAAAUGCAAAGCUGCAGCAUCCCUUAGGAGUAACGUGGGACAAGAAGAGAAAACUGCUCUAUGUGGCAGAUUCCUAUAAUCAUAAGAUUAAGGUUGUAGAUCCCAAGAUGAAGAACUGUGCUACCCUGGCAGGCACAGGAGAAGCAAGCGAUGUUAUUGGUUCCAGCUUUGCACAGUCAACUUUUAAUGAACCAGGAGGUUUGUGUGUUGAAGAAAAUGGCCGCUUGAUGUAUGUUGCAGACACAAAUAAUCAUCAGAUUAAAGUUCUGGAUUUGGAAACAAAAAUUCUUUCCAUGUUGCCUAUCCUGAAUCCAGAAGCAUGUGAUGUUCCAGAUAACCUGCCUGUGCAAAAGGAUAAAAUAACAAACCUUCCAAAACUGCCUAAAUCUGCACCAGUUCUUCAACUUCCUUCGCUAACUGUAGCUCCUGGCCAGACAAUUCAGUUUUUAUUAAAGUUGACUCUUCCUCCAGAUUCAAAACUGAAUGAAGAAGCACCCAAUUCCUGGUUUAUCACAGCAGAAGAUAAUACCUGGUUGCUUCAAGGACAGUGUCUGUCUGGAGAAAUAAAAGAUGUUUCCUGUCAGAUUAUCAUUCCCUUUCAGUUACCCAGGAGCUGUCUGUCAGCUGAAGCUAUCCUGGCUGUCAAAGCGUGCCUCUACUAUUGCAGCAAAGGUAGCAAUGCCUGUAUGAUGAAAGGAGUCUCAUUCAGUCAGCCUUUACAGAUAGCUAGUACAAACCAAGGCAGCUUGACUCAAGUUGAACUGAUACAUGCUUUUUUAACCAACUAACCCAAAGCCAGCUGAUUUCAUACUUUAUUUUACUAUCCACCAUUUUGUAGGAGAAAAACUUUUCUCCAUUGUUCAUUUUCCUGGAGCUUAUGACAAAGCUAAGAAAUAAUAUACUUGGUAAAAUGAAGUAGAGUUCCCUACAGCUUAAUGUGAAAAUUUAUCAUCACAACCUCAUUUCUUUUCAUUACAGUAACAGCAGUAAUAUUGUAAUACUCUAGACUCUGUUGCCAAUUGUGAAUAUGUUGGAUGUAUGCCAUUCUAAGCAAUGAGCAACAAUUUUUAGAGUCCUUUUGAAAGAGCUGGUGUUACUUUGUGAUGUUACUGUAAGAAGUUCUUUGCACUGUACAUAAUGUUAGAAUAAGUAGAUCAUUUUGGACUAACAGUUACAAAUUCCUUUUGUGCCCUUAUAAAUUUUAAUAGAAUGUUAAAACGAAUAGUUUCUUUCUCCAGGCUGUAAAAGAAGUAUCUUGCUUAUUUUUCUGUAAUGGCAUUUAUGACACAUGUAUUUUGAAAAUACAUCUUAAACUAGGUGCAGCUCUAAUUUUAUGCAAACCAAGUGUUUUGCUUAACUAGAUAUGACCGCCUUAUAUGAAGUGCAUAGUUUAAUGGAGAAAUUUCUGUAAAAGGAAGUGUUCAAGUUCCUACAGAAGAAUUUCAUGCUGAUUUCUAGCAAAGAAUGUGCCUCUCUCUAAUGUCUAUGUUUAUACAGAAAAAAAAAACCACACCACAAAACCAUGCUGGAGUUUUUCUGAUACAUACCAAUUUACAUUUUAUAGUAAGUGGUAGGUAAUGGUUGAAUAUCUAAACUGAAAAAAUUAAAUGUCAGCCAUUUCAAGCAGGGUAAAUCACUUCCUACUUUUAUGAUUUCUCUGUAAAGACUUGUCUGAAUACUUCCAUCUUGAAAAUACAUAAUAUUAAGAAGAAUAUUAUACUCUUGAAGGCUGAUUCAGAGUCUUUUGAAGUCAAUGUUAAUUCCCCUAUUUGUAAUAGUGGCCACUGAACCAGAACUAUACAUUUAAUAAUGGAUUAUUUGCAUUCAUGUUUAGAGGUUCUGAGCUUUUGCUAGGAAACUGGUAACCUAAUCUCUGAGUAAGGUGCUUUAAAACUGUAUUACAGAACUCUGCCUUUGGUGGUUAAGUGUUUUGCAAGUAAAACUCCUUCAAUUUGCCAUAGUAAGUAGCAGGAAUCCAGGAGGGGGUGCAAGUUUUUUACUUGAACUGAAAGCGUUUCCACAGUGCUUAAGUGGUAAUUGGAUAAGGCUCCGUGCACUGGUCAUGAGGUUCGGUUCUGAGAAGAUGACUUAGUUUUAAGUUUGAAGUUAGUAUUUUUGCAUAUAAUAUACAGUAGUGAAAGAAUUUUUGUAUGGUCUUUUCUAAAACAGUCACCAUUGUUCAUGACAUCUCUAAGUAAAUCCCCAGUAUGGUUUGUUGUUGCUCUUUCUUACUUAAAGGCUGACUGAAAUGUUGGUCAUGAACCCGAGAGGCUUUUGUUUUAAGGGAACCACAUGGACUGGUGUGGUUUUUCCUUCCAUUGAAAUGCCAGUCUAUCUGCAAGUUCUCUGUGGUACCAGAAAUGGUUAUUAUCUCACCUGUCAGCAAGGCAAGGGCUGAGCUGUUAUUUUUCUCGUGUUUGUUUUUUAAGCAAUUUUUCUAAUUCAGUGUUUCAGCUCCUUUGGGUAAGCCUCUCAAUUCUCACAUGCCAUUUUGAAGAAGGAGAAAGCUUUGCUACUUUGUUCACAGAUUGC